AGAACCAACUCCACCUUCAACCAAGUGGUGCUGAAGAGGUUAUUCAUGAGUCGCACCAACCGGCCGCCUCUGUCCCUUUCCCGGAUGAUCCGCAAGAUGAAGCUUCCUGGCCGGGAGGGCAAAACCGCCGUGGUUGUAGGGACUAUAACCGAUGACGUGAGGAUCCAGGAGGUGCCCAAACUGAAGGUGUGUGCCCUUCGUGUGAGCAGCCGCGCCCGGAGCCGCAUCCUCAAGGCUGGGGGCAAGAUUCUCACCUUCGACCAGCUGGCCCUGGACUCCCCCAAGGGCUGUGGCACCGUCUUGCUUUCUGGUCCUCGCAAGGCCCGCGAGGUGUACAGGCAUUUCGGCAAGGCCCCAGGAACCCCCCACAGCCACACCAAACCCUACGUGCGAUCCAAGGGCCGAAAGUUCGAGCGUGCAAGAGGCCGCCGGGCCAGCCGCGGCUACAAAAACUAAUCCUAAAUCCUAUCAUGUUAUUAAAAGAGGUUUUGGAUGCU